AUGGCGCCGACGUACCGGCCUUACGCGGCGGAGUACGGCGUGGUGGAGCGGAAGGUGGCGGGGGCGCGGUGGGUGGCGUCGGCGGCGGCGGCGUCGUCGGUGGCGUGGUUCGUGGGGGACCAGGCGGAGAUGAAGCGGCGGGGGCGGGUGGCCAGCUACAAGGCGUACGCCGUGGAGGGCAAGGUGAAGGCGUCCCUCCGCAGGGGCCUCCGCUGGAUCAAGGCCAAGUGCUCCCACAUCGUCCACCGCUAG